UUGGAUAAUGUCCACGCCUACUAACCACGACCAUGGGGGCAGGAAGUUGUUUAACCAAUAGCGUCAAUAGGAGAGGGUGUAACUGGGUUUUGAUGAUUAGGUAUAUGCGAACCAAUCAAAUUACGCAUACAUGCGGGGGGCGGAGCAUUGAGAACGCUAUUUUUCCCGCGAGUUGUGAAGAGCGGAUAGUGGGCCAGCAUGUCUAAGAAAAGAGGUCUUAGUGUUGAAGAGAAAAGAACACGGAUGAUGGAAAUAUUUUUUGAAACUAAAGACGUUUUUCAGUUAAAAGACCUGGAGAAAAUUGCCCCCAAAGAGAAAGGAAUUACUUCCAUGUCUGUGAAGGAAAUCUUACAAAGCUUGGUAGAUGAUGCUAUGGUAGACUCUGAACGUAUUGGAACAUCUAACUAUUUUUGGGCUUUUCCUAGCAAGGCUCUGCAUGCCCGAAAAAGAAAGCUGGAAGCUCUGGAGACACAGAUGGUUGAAACAAAUCAAAAGAAGAAAACUUUGCAGCAAAAUGUUGAGAAAGCAAAAGUUGGACGUCAAGAUACAGAGGAGCGAUCCAAAUUGGCAGAGGAGCUUGCAUCCCUGAGACAUCAAAGAGAUCAAUUUAAAAACGAACUGGACAAAUACAAGGAGUGUGAUCCAGAUGUUAUAGAAGAAAUUCGGCAGUCAAACAAAGUAUCCAAAGAAGCAGUUAACCGCUGGACAGAUAAUGUAUUUGCUGUAAAAUCGUGGGCAAAAAAAAAGUUUGGAUUUGAAGAAAGUAAGAUCGACAAAACCUUUGGCAUACCUGAAGACUUUGAUUAUAUUGAUUAAGUUAUUUUUUUUGUUGUGAGUUGUGUUUUCAUUUGCUUGUUUCUGUAAA